AUGGGAAGGCCUCCUUGUUGUGAUAAGACCAAUGUGAAAAGAGGUUUAUGGACUCCUGAGGAAGAUGCUAAAAUACUUGCUUAUGUAGCCAAUCAUGGAAUUGGAAAUUGGACAGCUGUUCCAAAGAAAGCAGGGUUGAAUAGGUGUGGUAAGAGUUGCAGGCUAAGAUAUACAAAUUAUCUAAGACCUGAUCUGAAGCAUGAUAGUUUUACACCUGAAGAAGAAGAGCUCAUUAUUACCCUUCAUGGAGCUAUAGGAAGCAGAUGGUCUUGCAUUGCAAAAAGACUACCUGGAAGAACAGACAAUGAUGUCAAGAAUUACUGGAACACAAAACUAAGAAAGAAGCUUAUGAAAAUGGGAAUUGAUCCAGUAACUCAUAAGCCAGUUUCACAAGUGAUUUCUGACUUAGGAAACAUUAGUAGCCUCACAAACACAAACUCUCAAAACAACCUAAUUUUGGAUCACACAAAAGAUGAACAAGUUCAACCAUUGCAACAUCAAGUUCAAUAUCACCAAUUCACAAACCAAGAGAAUUUCCAACAACAUGUCUUAAGUGAAGUUGCAUCAUCAAGUUCAUCUUCAUCUUCUUCUAAUCUCACAAGGUUAAACUCGCCGAUUUCGUACUCCUGCAACACUUCACAAGCUCAAAUUAAUUCUAACUUUGAUUGGAGUGAUUUUCUUCAUAAUGAUGAGCCUUUAGUGUGGACAGAUAUUCAACAAAUUCAACAAUGUGACAUACAAAGGGUAAUGUCAUCAUUGACCCUCUCAGGUAUAAUGCAAAAUGAAGGUGAAAUUUCCAAUAAUUUCAAUAGUAAUGGUGAUGAUAAACAAGGUGGUUCAAGUGAAGGUUUUGAGGAUGUUGCUUGUGAUGCAAGUAAAGAAUAUCAAGGUCAUAAGAAAUGUGAAGGAAAUUCAUUUUCAGGGAAUUCAUUUGUGGAUGGUAUUUUGGACAAGGACAGUGAGAUAAGGGCAACAUUUCCAGAAAUUUUGGAUGCUUCUUUUGAUUAUUAAGUGUUUGUGUUACAUUGUUAGACUCAUUUAGAUGUUUGCA